CUUUCACAGAGUGCACACAAUGAUGCGUUUUUCUUUACAUAAACUUGUACACAUGUAACACUACAACGAAAAUGACUUCAUUUGAAGGUUAUCUGUCUGAGCUGAGGAUUGUUUUGCUGGGAUAUAGAAAUUCUGGAAAGACAUCAUCAGGAAACACAAUCCUGGGUGAACAAAUGUUUGACACUGAGAGAAAUGUUCAGUGUGUGAAGGGACAUAAAAAAGUAGCAGGGAGACAGGUUACUGUAGUAAGUUCUCCAAGCUGGGUGAGGAACAAACCUGUAGAGGAAACCACUGAGCUAUUUAAACAGGAAUUUGUGCUCAGUGUAAGUCUGUGUCCUCCAGGACCUCACGCUUUACUUCUUGUAAUACCAACAGCAGUUUCCUUCACAGAGAACCACAGAAGUAUAUUAGAAGGAUAUUUAGAGCUUAUCGGUGAAACCAUCUGGAACCACUUAAUAGUUCUAUUUACAGCUGGCGACUGGCUGGGAGAAAAAACCAUAGAGCAGCACAUUGAGUAUGAAGGUGAGGCCCUCCAGUGGCUGAUUGAGAAAUGUGGUGACAGGUAUCAUGUUUUCAACAAUACAGAUAGGCGUGAUAAAGACCAAGUUGCCGAGCUACUGGAGAAGAUUGAGGAGAUGGUGGUAGAAAACAAGAACCUUUAUUUUGAAAUGGAUAGAAAGAUUUUACAACUAGUGGAGAAGAGGAAAAAAGCUGAGAAAAGAGCAGCUGAAAGAAUGAUGGUGAUGCAAAAACAAAGAAAAGACAUCAAAUCACAAAUGGGUCAGACAAAUAGAUACUCUGAGCUGAGGUUAAUGCUAUUGGGAUACACAGAUUCUGGGAAAAGUUCAACAGGAAACAUCAUCACAGGGAAAGAAGUGUUUGAGUCAAAGAGAAACGCUGAGUGUGUAAAGGGACAGGGAGAGCUAGCAGGGAGGAAGAUCACUGUGGUUGAAACUCCAGGAUGGCACAAGUACAAGCGUGUAGAAGAGAGCCCUGCUUUACUUAAACAGGAGAUAGUGCUCAGUGUGUCUCAUUGUCCUCCAGGUCCACAUGCUGUACUGCUGACUGUACGCGUCGAUAGCCCGUUUAAAGAAUAUGACAGAAAAGUAAUAAAGGGGUAUAUGGCACUUCUUGGUGACAAAGUCUGGAACAAUGCUAUUGUACUGUUCACUUAUGGGAAUUUUCUUGGAGAUGUAAAAAUAGAGGAGCAUAUCGAGUGUGAAGGGAAGGCUCUGCAGUGGCUGGUUGAGAAAUGUGGAAACAGAUACCACGUUCUGAGCAAUAGAAACAAGGAUAAUAACUCAGAGGUUAAAGACCUGUUGGAGAAGAUAAAGGAGCUGGUAGAAGUAAACAAUGGCUGCCAUUUUGAAAUUGACACUAAGAUUCUAGAGGAGGUGGAGGAGAGGAGGAGCAAAGCAAACAAGAGGGCAAAAGAGAGAAAGAUGAAAGUGCAAAAACUCAGAGAGAACAUCAGAUCACAAAUGGGGGACACACACCACUCAGAACUAAGGAUUUUGCUCAUGGGUUUUCAAGGGUCUGGAAAGAGUACAGUAGGGAAUGCUAUUCUAGACAGUAAAGAGUUUGAACUGAACAAAACUGCUCAGAAUCUGAAGAGAGAGGGAACAGUUUAUGGAAAGAAGAUCACUGUGGUUGAGGCUUCAUACUGGAGAUGUGUCAAUGUAGAAGACAGUGCCAAGUUAUACCAAAUGGACAUACAGCAAAGUGUGUUUGAGUGUUUUCCAGGACCCCAUGCUUUGCUCCUGGUCAUACGUGUGGACUCUAGCUACAAUCAAAUGCAUAGAGAAGCAGUGGCUGAACACUUCAACCUUUUUGGUAAAAGCAUCUGGAGUCACACUAUGGUGGUGUUCACCUUUGCACCCUGGCUAGGAAACAUUACCAUAGAGAAGUACAUUGAGAAUGAAGGAAAGGAACUCGAGUGGCUGAUUGAGAAAUGUGAGAACAGAUAUCACCUAUACAAUGGGAUGGAAGGUUCUGAGCCCACAGAGCUGCUGGAGAAGAUAGAAGAGCUGGUGGCCAGGAACGGUGGCACUCAUUUUGAAAUAGAUGGGAAAAUUCUACAGGACGUUCAAGAAAGAAGAAAGCGAGAGGAAAGGGCCAGAGAACGGCAAAUGAGGGUGCAGAAAAGGAGAGAGCUAGCCAAAGAAACCAAGGGACAUGGAAGGGGAUUUCUAGAAGAUAAAAGUCCCCAUUCAGAGAGAGGAGCAUCACCAACAUCUAGCUAUGUAUCCAUGAGAAGCGACAAUUCUUUGGUGCUUCCACCUUACUUGGUAGAGGAAAUCCCUCCGGGUCAUGACAGUUUAAUGCAGGCAAGAAGACCAAAACACUCCUAUGGUUACGAGUCAAUGAAGAGUGAGUUGAGAGCGGUUCAGUCCAGUGGGAUCCUUUACACUGAUCACCAUGGUGAACUGGCCAGUCCAGUGAAAAACCUUAGUGGACGCUUGUCCAGCAGUACAAGCGUCCUGCAUACCUGCUUACAACACAAUGAAAUACAAAGGAUGCCUCAAGAUGCAUUAAAUCAAAAUUUCUGUGAUUUCUGCACUGAGAUAAAGAAAAAAGCUAUGAAGGUGUGUCUUACCUGUGCGGCAAAUUACUGUGAAACCCACGUUAGGGAGCACUACAUAGUACCAGACCUGCAAAGACACAAGCUGGCGGAGUUAACUGCAGAUGUGGAGGGAUCUGGCGGUCUUCACUAGGACUUACACUUGCACAUUGCUGGAAAGUCAUGAUCCUGAGACUGAUAGUUUAUAUGAAACUGUUUGAUCCUGAUUUGUUGUAAUGGUGUGCACCAUAAGCAAUUCAGAGCAAAAUACAGUGAGAGAUUUAUGAAACAUUAAAAU